CUGAGACCCACAAACUUGAAAAAAAAGAAACUAACAAAUAACUUAUCUCCAACACUGGACUUCAAGAGCGAGAGAGAGAAAACAGAGAGAGACAACAGACUCUUUUUAAAAAAUAUAAUAUUACUAAAACGAGCCGUGAUUUUUGAGCCAUGGCGGAAAGCAUGAUGAGGAAAGUCCAGCCCUUCACUAUAGGCACCAAGCUCUCUGUGCCUGCAGGGCCCAAAUGCACCCAUUUUACAGAGAGCUACCUGCCCAACCAGGACCUGCAGCACCGCCAGCCGCAGCACAACCUGAGCGACCAGGUGUCGCUUUAUCUGGGCGGGGCACGCUUAUCACCUGUGGCCGUGCAGGUGAGCCGUUUGGAGCGGCAGCAGGUGGAGACGGCGGAGGAGGACCACCAGAACCGGAACGCCGCGUCCCUCUCCUCCUCCUCCAGAGCCAUCCGGAAGAUCACCAUCUCCGGGACCGCGGAGCCCCCUGGGGACCCAAAGCCCCCUCUGGGGAUACAGCCCAAGAGCUGCGGGACCCCCAAAUCUGAAAAUAUCAACAACAACAAUAACAUCCCCUCCAAACCCCUUCCCAGGAUCAUAGGGGUGAGCUGUGAGAACAAGCCCAGUUCUCAUUUUAAGGUUUUGCUCAGGAAAGAUGGCCGUGUGGGGAAACAGGGCCUCCAGGAGGAAGGGUCAGGUGGACCCGGCACCAGGACCAGUCCAGCCUUUCAGACUCCUGUACCAAGAGCCCUCUCACCCAAUCAGGAGCUGCCUAAGGGUGAAGGCCCGCCCUGUGGACAUCCAGAGGCCCCACCCACAAACGGCUGCUGUUUCACUCAGCGCAACGCCCUGUUCAACAGAGAGCUCCUGCAGGCUGAGGAGUGGAUGAAGGGGAAGCUGCAGGAGUUGAGGGACACGCAGUGGCGCCCUCUGCAGGACGGGCUGUCUCACACCCUGCAGAGGGACCUCAGAGAUUUUGAGAACACCCUGAUUCAGCUCAACCAGAUGGGAGAGCAGCUGAUCUGCAAGCCCAACCCUACUGCUGACCAGGUGAGAAAGCAGCUGGGCCAGCUCAAGGACCAAUGGCAAGCUCUGAAGCAGGCGGCAGCCAGCCAAUCAAAGGCGGUGGGCGGAGCCAGGAACCUUCAGGAGUUCAACAGGAAGGUGGACAGACUGGAGGCAUGGAUCAAAGAAAAGCAGGAAGAGGAACAGUGGCUGGCUAAAUUCCAGGGGGAAAACAUCGACAGGAUGCAGCUGACGAGAAGAAUCCUGGAUCUGAAAGAGGAUGAACAGCUCUAUCGCUCUCUUUAUGAGGAGAUCAACCACCUGGCACUAAAGCUGGAGAAACAGGGGAAGACAGAGGGGAAGAACAUUUCUACCCGGAGAAAACAUAUCAACAAAAUGUGGCUGAAGGUCCAGUCCCUCCUGAAGGACUACCACAAAAACCUUCAGCUGGCUCUGGAGGUGUCCUCUUUUUACCAGCAAGCGGAUAAUAUAAUCUCUGCCAUCAGUAACAAGAGGAAAAGCGUUUGUGUGCGGAAUGAACAAGAGAACAGUGGAGACAGAGAGAUUCGGGACAUAGGGAGCCAAGUGAUGAUGCUGGAGGUCACAGUAUCUCAGCUGUCCAAGCUCCACCCCGCCCUGGCCGAGAGGGUGUUUCAGAAGCAGGGGGAGGUGAAGGAAGGAUGGGCCCUGCUCCAGAAGGCUGUCAGGAAUGAGAAGUCCGGCCUCCCCGUCACCAGCUCCGAUUGCUUCAGGGAGGACCAUGACCCCCUGACCCCUGCCAAGGAACAGCAGCGCAGCAUGGGAGCUGAGACGCAAAGAAUCAUGGGAAAAGAGAUCAAAGAGGAGCAAAACCGGCUAAAAGGACAUGCGAGCAUGGGAAACCCUGGGAGAAAUAGGAAGUUGGCCAACAGGCAGGAUGAACAGCUGCUGCUUAAGAGCCACGCCCCCUCAGCCACAGGAAGUGGUAAUGCUCAUGCAGAUGAUGUCACUGGCAGAAAUCGGCCUGGGAUGGAAAGGAAACAAAUAAGCCAAUCCAAGCCCAGCAUUCAGAAAGGUCACCCACAGCCCCGCCCACAGCUCCACACGCAGCUGCAGAAGUUUACCGUGUCAGCAGACAAGACCCUCUCGUGGCUGAAGGACAAUGUUGCCAUGGCGACCCAGGUGCGCUGCACUGCGACUCUGGAUGGGUUUGAGUUGGCAAAGCGGCAGCAGGCGGCCCUGGAGCAGGAGAUCCAGUCCAACGCCACCAGGAUACAGGUGGUGAAAAAGGAGGGGCGGAGCCUGGUGCGGGCGGGACACCCAGGGAGCGCAAAGAUCGAGGAGUUCCUGGGCCAGCUGGAGGGCCUGUGGGAGGAGCUGAAGAGGAGGCACAGGAGGAACCUGCUGCUCCUGCAGGAGACAGAGAGACUGAGUCUGGAGGCCGCGCGCGUGCUGGCGCAGCUGGACGCGCUGGAGCGCUGGCUGCAGACGGUGGAGGCAUCGCUGCAGCGGCGCAGGAGUGCCCGGGAUGCCGAGGCGCUGACGGCCGCCGUGACCGCCGCCGAGCGGGAGAGCAGCCUGCUGGAGAGGGAGGUGUCCGAGCGCGGCCUUCUCCUGCGCCUCCUGCGCCAGGAGGUGGACCGACUGGGCCGCUGCGCGCACGUACACACCCAGCAGCUCCCGCUGCGCCUGGAGCAGGUGGAGGAGAAGUACCGCAGGGUGCAGAGCGCUCUCACCCAGCAGAGCUCCGAGCUGCAGGACACACGCAUGCUGACGGAGUUCCUGGAACGCGUGGAGCUUGAGGAGAGCCAGGAACAGCAGGGGAGUCGCUUUGGAGACCUGGCACAGACUCUUCACAGUGAGAUGGGUUCCAGGGCCUCCUUGUUGGGUCUGCGGGCGGAUGGGGGCAGGGCCAGGGAGCCCCUGAUGGAGAGCAUGGGAGACCCUGUGGAGGAGCUGCGGGAGGCAGUGGAGAUGCUGAAUGACACAGUGAGGGAGAGAGGCCGCUCCCUGUGCCAGGAGCAGGACCUCCACGAGCUGCUCAGCCAGCACACGUCUCUGACAGCGAGGAUCACACAGCGGCUGUGCCGCGCGGCGCAGCUCAGUGCGGAUGUUCUGGGGGCGGAGUCAGACAUGGCGGUGCGCUGCGAGCCGGAGCGAUGCGGUCUGGAGGCCUUACAGGAGCAGCAGGAGGAGCUGGAGACAGACCUGGCGCUGAUGGAGGAGGAGGUGGAGGAGAUGGUGACGCUGCAUGCCCGGCUGCGGGAGCAGUACCCGGAGAGGGUGCAGGGGCUGGGCGCCGAGCUCCGGGCAACCCUGCAGUCCUGGGACGAGCUGCGCAGACGCGCGGCACAGAAUCACGCCCGUCUGCGGCAGUUCCAGCAGCUCCGCCACUUCUUCAGGAAUUACCUGGCAAUGAUCUCGUGGACAGAGGACACCCGGGCUCGCAUCUUCUCUGAAAACGCAGUGCAUGAUGGGACGGGUGGUGAGCAGCCGGAGGCCUCUGAGAUGGACGUAAAGAUUGAGCAGAAGUUCAGAGACUUUGACGACCUGGCGGCUGCAGGACAGACCCUGAUGGACUCAGGGCAUCACCUGUCUGACUUGAUAAAAGAGAGAAUGGAGGAGCUGAGAAGCAUGCUGGGAUGGAUUUUAGUGCGCUGGAGGUCUCAGAAACACCAGAAGAAGAACGGCAGGAAGGGGAAAGCGGAGCCCAAAGGAGACGCCAUUUACUCAGAGGCUACAGUCAGCCCUGCUCUACAGCCGGAUCUCCAGGGCCUGACAGGAACACCAGCCAAUCAACCGGCAGUAAGUCCCAGUUGCCAUGACAAAACGCUGCAAACGGAGGACGGGUAUGAGGUGAUGAGCAGUGUGGGGCUGCGAGGCGGAGCCUUGGACAAGCCCACCCCACUGACCUCGCCCCUCCUACUCACACAGGAGCCCAGCACCCCCUCACUGGGGGGCACCGUCAACCUAAUCCUCAGUUUCGGUAAAACGGGCGACACCCUGCAGACAGAGACACCGUUUGCAGUAAAGGGGGCAACGGAGCCUGUGCACAGGCCAGUGGAGUCUCACUCCUCUGCCUGUAAAGACUUUUGGAGACGUUGCCAGGGUCUUUUGGAAAAUACGUUCGGUAGUUUAAAGCGAAAGAGAAAGAUUUUUCGGCAGAGCAUGGAAGAGGUAAGUACCUAUUUGCAUGUUCAGGACAGCAAAGUGGCACCCCCUGCUGGUGGGAAUGUUAUCCUGCCACGCUCUCCCUGCCAGAUCCAAGUGCCCGCCUCUUCAUCAUCCUCCUCCUCCUCCUGCUCACAACCGUGGGCCGGCCAUGCCCCAGGCCACGCCCCCGGCCACACCCCGCCCGGGAGCGGCGGCAGCUCCGUCUUCAGCAGCCUGAAGCUCCGGAGCAAGAAGAGGAAGAGGAAGAGGGACGUGCGGCGUCACACCAUCCAGAGGAUCAUGGAAAUGGAGCAGCCAGAGGAGGAAGUGGCCUGCAGCACCCACACCUGGCCCCUGCAGGACAGGAAGAGGAAGGAGGCGCCCGACGCCGAGCGCACGGGCUACCUGAGGAACCCUCUGGCUAGGGACAUCGAUGCCGAAUGUACCGGCCAGUCAGAUCUCACUGCGUCACAAUCAGACUGCAGCUCAGGGGCAGCCCCUGCUGGACUGAGCAGGAACUGCAGGUACCUCUCGCUGGGUUCAGUGCUGACUUUUGACCUGCAGAAGGAUGUAGCCCUCAUCCCCAGCAUCCCCGACAUAAUUACCAUCGGCCCGGCCGAACUGAACAGGCGUGCUGCAGGCGCCCACCCUGAGAGAACCGCCCCCUUCAGCACCUUCAAACUGACGCGCACGCACACUGCGAGGCCCCGCCCACAGACUCAGGAGGAGCUGAGCCUUCAGAAGGACAGCAGGAGCUCACAGGACACCUCGGCUACCAUCCAGAGCAUGGGCACACUGACUGCUGACCUAUCAGAGCAGAGAAAGACCAUAUCAAGCAAUCACCGAUCAGAGCAGAGACAGACCACAUCAAGCAAUGACCUAUCAGAACAGAGAAAGACCACAUCAAGCAAUUACACAUCAAAGCAGGAACAGACCACAUCCAGCAAUGACAUACCAGAGCAAAGACAGACCACAUACAGCGAUGGCCUGCUGGAUCUGCAGCUGAGCGCUCUCUCAGGGAUCAGCAGCCUGCAUGAAGAGGUGGCUGAGGAGUGGGACAAACUGGCCGCUGUGCUGGAGGUCCAGAGGCGGGACCCUAAAUCCAGUGCCCCGUCAGCGGCCCACGUGUACCCCAGCGACUGCAACAUCCCCACCCCGCUCACGGCCCCUCCCCACGCCCCCCACCCCCACAGCCCAGAGCCUCCUCCCAGUACUCCUCCUAGGAGGACGGGCGGGACGGGGAUGUCGCUGGAGAAGCUAGCCGGUAGCGGGAAUGCUGGCGCAGUUGCGGCAGACGCUGUCCCUCCUGACCACCAGCAGUUUGAGGAGGAAGAGGAGGAGCUGGAAGGCAUCUGGAGCCAAACCGCCAGCUUCCGCCAAAGCAUCUGUUCCGACAUCAUGUACCAGCUGGCAUGCACCCCCCCUGGCCACGCCCAGGAGCCCUGCCCACGGGACCCAGCGCCGCUCCACAGGAAGCUGAUCACCGCCUCUGCGCCCAGCCUCCUGGUGGCAGAGCUCCGUCUGCCCGUCGGGGACCACGCCCGAGCCUCGAACCCCAGCCCGAGGCCGAACCGCUCCGCCAAACCCGACAGGAAGUCCUGGGCUGCCUUUCCGUCCCGAGCCCCGGCCUGCGGGCAGAUCGCCCUGGUGAACGAGACGGCCGCGGACUCUGUGACACUGCCAGACAUCCAGGACCAGGAGAAGUAUAUCUAUCAGUAUAGAGAGGAGGAAGAGGAGGAGGAGGAGGAAGGGGUGGAGGCGGAGCUGGGGGCGGACACAGGUUGUCCGAAGGUGCAGUCCAUGAGCCUGCUGUCCGUCCACAUGGGGGGCCCAGACGCGGCCGAAAGAGAGGAGCAGGGACAGAGCCCCACUGCGGGGGGGCACCCCAGAAGCACGGUGCUGGAAUUCCAGUCCAUGGAGGGGACUCUGGAGAGGAAACACAGACUACAGCCGGGAGGGAAAAAGGCGCCCUGCCGUACCUGGAGCACCUCCCAUGCCGUCCUGUACAGGCAGACUCUGUGCUUCUACCAGGACAGGAAGGACACUCUGAGGAGCUCUGAGACUGGGCUGCCGCUAACCAUCAUCGGAGCAGAAUGUUCUCCAGCUCUGGAGUACACCAAGAAGAGCAACUGCUUCAGUCUGCGGUUACGUGAUGGUUCAGAGUACCUCCUUAGCGCCUCCUCUCGUUUCCUAAUGAAGAAAUGGCUGCUGAAGAUCCAGGCAAAUACUGGUCUCAGUCAGUCAGAUCCUUCCAGAAGUUUCUCAGAGCCCGGCUCACAGGAGAACCUGCCUGUAACCACAAGGGGUCACACAGGCAUGGCUAAAGACAAAGAGAUUGUAGUCCUGACCACAGCUGGCACACAGAACCCACAGUGGCACCAUGGGAACUUGGAGGACCUCUCCCCCCGUUUUUCUGCAGAUGCAGGUCAUAGUGCCCCAGAUUCCUACAGCUCCCUGCGGCAUGCGGUGAAGCAGAGGCUGUCCCAGAGACCUAAGUUUGGGGACCCCACAGUAACCGACAGUCUAGACCGUCCUAGCAACAAGCGCCGUUCACAGUCCUUCACCUCAGCUACCUACCAGAAGAUCAACCCUGUACCUCUUGCCACCCGUGGGGGUGGGUCCAGCUACUCUGUCACUCUGGUCAUUGGAGACGAGACCACGCCCAACAGCUGUGAAGCGCCGCGGCUGACUGGCUGGGGCCAGGAGGCUUUCCCAGACUCCCCUGGUGGGAGGAGUUAUGUCAGCCUCCCCCGACCGCGAAACAAGUCUGUCUUCAGGAGGUUUUUUGGGAAGAAGGAGUGGACACAUGACCUCUGAUCUCCGACCUCUGAGGGGAAAAAAAUGCAGCAUCACUCUCAUAGUUCCAGUGCUCAGAACAAUUUCACUUAACUGCAUAUUUACAGAUAUCUACAUUCUCCCUGCAGUCUGGUAUCUGCAAAACAAUGGGUCUUGAACUGUGUUUAAGUAUUUUUUUAAAUUAGAAUCAAAGACAAAAAAGGAGUCAUUGACAAAUCUGCAGAAGGCUCUUGACAUGAAGCAGAAGACGGCUAAAUAUUUUUACUGAAUCAUUUAUGAAUUUGAAAUACAGUACAUGUAGUCUGCCACCCAGCCUGCUGUCGCAAUCAGCUAUACUUUUGUUUUGCUUAACCAUCUUUUUUUUCAAUUUGUGGUCUGUAGUUGUGCCUCGCUGAGUCUCCAGUGCCAGGUGGAGUACUGCAACAGAGCUAGUGCUAAUCAGAGGAGGCACGUCUCUCAGUGAGGAGAUAGUGUGGCCUAAAGCGGGCUAAGCCCCAUAGCGUUUCACCUCUGCAGUUAUAAUCAGUUUAUCUGUGACUACAGUGUCUGGCCUUUACUGACACAUAGCUGCCCAUUCUCCUAAUAUUUAUUGAAUGUUUGUUUUAUUAAUAUGUAUUGCUGUGUACUGUGCAGUUUUGAUAUAAAACAUCAUGUUUACAUUACACGUAGAAGCCCAAAUCUCACCUUUGUGUGGAGUGCUCUUUAUGCUGCAUAUUUACACCACUCUGACCAAUCAGAUUGCAUUUCUAUACCACCCUGACCAAUCAGGCUACAUAUCUAGAACAAUUUGACCAAUCAGCCUGCAAAUCUACACUAACCAAUCAGGCUGCCCGUCUACACUACACCACACAUCUAAACCACUCUGAUCAAUCAUAUUUAGUCUAGUAUCAGACACACUCCUUCUGCGUAUGAAAUAAACUGACUCUUAAUUCUAGUUUAGGUUUUUAACUACUUGACAUUACGUACUAUAAGUCACUGAUAACUAAACAGUAUGUACUUCAGCGGCUUCAAUCAUGGAGCAUGUGACACUCCAACUGCCCCAGGAUAUAAAGAAAAUGUAGCCCUUGACAUUAUACCAUUUCUGUGUUUUCAUUUUUUAAAUCUUAAUUCUUCAGACUUCACCACCUUUUAUCACAAUAUAGCUCAGCAGCAUUCCAAUCUGACGGCAGACCCUAGCCAGUCUUCGGUCAAUGAGUAGAGCAACAGUACAAAUACCACAAAACCUCAUUUAUAUCAUUUACAAGAUAUCAUAAUUUCUCCUGCAGUUUGAAACUGCUUUUUUGUUCAUUAUGAUAUUUGUAAGCGGAGUGACUGCAGAACUAACAUUUUAAAUAAAUAACACUGAAAAAGAA